UUUCCUUUUCAGCAGCUGCUCGGAGGAGCCGGAAUUCCAACAUGGCAGUAUCGGUGGUGGUCAGUCUCACCCGCAAUAACUUGGAGCGGCUCCAAAACACCAGCGACUGAGACCGGGACUGGACGGAGCGGAAGUCUCGCGCGCUUCCCGUAACGAGCACAGCCGGUCGCCAAAAAAAAAGCGCGUGACGGCUCCGCUGUCUCCUCGCAUGAACAGGCGUGACAAUGCAGUGGGCCCCUGAGCAGCCGCAGUGGGCAGAGCAGCACUAUGACAUCACUUCCACUACACGCUCACCAGCACACAAGUUUGACCCUUUCCGCAGUCAAAGGUUAACCAGUUCAUCUUCAGGCGGCGCAUACCAUCAUUCCUGGGCUAACGAUGACAUCUCAGCACUGACUGCCUCCAACCUGCUAAAAAGAUAUGCAGAACGUUACUCCACCAUUUUGGACCUCCCCUGCGAUAAUGGACUCAUCGGAUACCCGGACCCUACCAUUUCCACCAGUGUAAAUGGACAUAGCGUUGUUAACAGAGCUCCGCCCUUGCUUACUGGGCGAAAACUGGAGGCAGAGCCUUGGCUUGAGAGUGUAUACCCUCCACUGGGCUGCGUCCCAGAACUGGUCCCCAAAGCACCAUUGAGUGUCUCAGAAAUGCCUGCGAGUGUGGGUAGCUCCCCUGGUGUUGGAGCUGGUAGCUUGCCAGAAGCCAGUUUCUCCAGCAGUACCUGUGGUAGCCAAACGAGUGCCCAGGAGUACAGCAGCACCCUAUAUAGUGCCCCUUACUUGCACUCUGUGGGCUCAUAUAAUGGACCACUUCUCCACCCAGUUGCCUCACAUCCCAACUUGGUGCCAACGUAUGGUGCUAAUGCCUCACCCAGCCUUCCCACCUAUGGCUACCCAAGCACAGGAUACCCCUAUAGUCCUCCAUCCCCUUCUGCUGCCUGCCUUUCUACCAGCAUUGCACCAGCUACACCUCUACCAGCAUCCAGCAUGAGUGGCUACUCUUACCCUACUCCCAGUCUGGCACCUUUGCCUGCUAGUGUUGCAGAUAAUGGUUCCCCAAGUUCGGACAGCCUCGGCAAGUCUUACUAUUCAGCUGGACCGAGUGACAUAAGGGCAUUUGAGGAAUUUGGUUUCGGUGGCACUUCUAAUUCAGACAGUCAGUCAGCAAGCAGUCCACUCUACAGGCCACCGGGGGGAAAUGAGGGGCAUAAGGGAAACGGAUACGAGCAGUCGAGCGAUGCCACAUCACUGCUCUUUAAACCUUCCAAUCCCAGUGACUCUCUGCGUAGCCUGGAGUCUCUCGCUCAAGGUAGUGCUGCAUCUGGACAGUGCUUUGCAGCAACUUCCUGCUCAGCCACCUCGUCGAAUCUUUACUCGUCUGCCUCGUCGCACACACAUCUCUGCCUCGACACACACACACCUUGCUGAAUCCUCACCCUCUGAAGGAGCCGUCGAAGGAUUUUGUGUUAGUGUUUCGGCUCUGAGGAUGUGCACCGGCACCCCCUGGUGCUCUGGAGGGUGGUAUUGCUUGAGCACAGCUGUAGGAGGUUGUUCAAUCCUUGGAUGUGUACUCCUUACACACACUUACACAUGUUGGCUUGUGGUUUGUGCUUGGGAUGGGCUGUCCAGAGAGACUGCACAGAGUAAGAAGUAGAACUCAUGGAGCUGUGGCCAGACAGAGCAUGUUCUGGUUGGAGGUGCUGAAUAAAGGGACCUCCAUAGGAACCAUAGGGAUCUUUGGUGACAGCAAAAGCCGUACCUUGAGAAACUCUGAGCUCCUCAUGAGGACAAAGAGAUGAAUGGACAAACAGAAUGGUGUUGAAUAGAGGGAUGCAAAGUUAAGACACUGAGGAAUGAGGUUUAAGAAUGUACUGUAUGUGAAUGAUGAAUAUGCAGUAUACUGUAGUGGCUAUGGAAGCUCAGAGGCAUGAUUACCCAUCAUGUUUUCCUUUCAUUACUCCAUGUAUUCCUUUCAUUAAAGGAACAGGAACAAUUUCCCACUUACCCCAAAUGUAGUUCACUAGAUCUACGAGGCUACCAUACCAAACUAGAACCUUCAUAUGACAUUGCUAAGUUCUUUAGUCUCGCACUGCACUGAUUAUUAUUAUUAUUAAAGCUCAUAACUGAAAAUUAUUGGAAAUUGAAGCUUAUAAUUGGAGUUGGAAAAAACAAAGAAAACACCAAAUUUGUCACGGUGUCCUUUAACCAUUACCCUGUGUAUACACCAGCAAGUGACAAAAGGUGCAGGUAACAAUUAAUUUUCUAUGUACGUGUGCAAUACAGAGCGACACAUCCAAAUUACACACAGCGAUUUGUUGCUCACUAGUGUGAACACGGGCUUACUGGUUCAAAUCCAUGUGAACCUUUGGUAGGUGGCUCCAGCCAAACUGUCUUUCAGCUACACAUUGUAUACCUUUGUAUAGAGUACUACAGAGAAUGGGUAGAAGAACCAAAACACUGGCUUUCACCUACAUUGCCUUUAUUCAUUCACACCAGUGGACUGUCACCCAUGUUUUUCACACUCUAUGUCCAAGAAUUUAUUAUCACGCUACUGGUUUUAUAAUAUUUUCAAGAUAAGCAGCAUACAUAAGUACUAUUGAUGCACCUCACCUUUUGGCAACUGAACAUCAAAUUGCCCCAUUUAACUUUUGAACUAGCUCUGGUUUUCAUGAUUGAUGCAAAUACAUUCUCUUGCACUAAAGCAACAAUCUUCCCUUAGGGUGGUGAGUAGUACAGUACUAGAUCAGGUUUGCUUGUGGUCUUGAAUGGAAAUGUCAUGUAAUGAGACAGAUGCAAAUGCAGUUAAGGCAGCUUUAAUGAGAAUAACAAUCCAAAAUGUAGAGCAAAUAUCAAAAACGUUAUUCAGGCCAGGGUCAGGCAAUCAAACAAACAGACUGGAAUAGGAUAGGCAGAAAAUCAGGGUCGAGGACAACACAGAAUUAAAACCAGAGAAUCAAAGACAAUCAACAGCUUGGUAUAGCCAGAAACAACCACAACUGCACAUAUACUUCAUGUUGAACAAAGCUACAUGAGGGGUUUAAAUAAUACAUGUAAAUAAGGGGAUAACACAAAACAGCUGAUUACAAUGAUGGCACGUAAGGGAAGCAACCAAUGACAAUACAGGGGCGGAGACCGGACAGAAACCAUAACAAAACAUCACAGGAGAACGUAAACAAAGUCAAUGUCAAUAAAAACCCCGAAUGCGUCUCCCUCAGGGCGAGGGAAAUAACGUGACAGGAAAGAUACCAAAUUGUGCUAAAGAAAAAAACUAUCUGGUUUGUUCACGAUUCUAUUGACUGCAGCUAGAAGGUUCUAGUUUUCAUUAUUUUUAUAGAUUACAAUAGAGAUUUUGGGUAACAUAGACUUCCACAUCUAAGCAACAGUAUCCUCAUAGCUCCAGUGCAAAACUAAAGAAGAAAAAACAUCAGAUGCUAAAUGUCUUGAGUGACUGUUUACAUUUGAAGUAAGUGGAAAAUUGUUUACAUUUGAUUUCCCACCAAACCAUCUGUUUAACACACUAGUUUUAACUGAGAUACUCAGAACCAAACUAUUUCCGGCAGCGUUAGUGGACCCAAAAUGUGUACAGUGCCUCAGAUUGUUGUAAUAAGGGUUUAUCUGUGGAUUAUGAGUUAAUGAUGAGAUUAUGAGUUAAAUCCAUGUUAUUCCAGUUGUGUUCAACAGUGCACAGUCUCCCAGAUGGUAAGUUGAUCUAAAAGCAUUCAUGAUCAUAUAGAGUACUCGGGCUACAGUGUGUGUGUGUGUGUGUGUGUGUGUGUGUGUGUGUGUGUGUGUGUGUGUGUUAUGUGUUUCAUUAAAUCAGACUCACUCUUGCCACAAGAGACAAGGGAUCCUCUAGUCAUUCAAAUAGCUACAAUACUCCACAGGUUUGUGUAUGUGUGUGUUUGAGAGAAAGAGAGUGUGUAUGUGUGUGUGCAAUUGAGCGAGAGAGAACCUCAGGAAAGAAUUUGUAAAUUUGUACAGUUCCUCAGAUUGUUGUGUUGAGGGUUUGUGUGCUCGUGUUUUGUUAAGGCUUUGUGUAUAUCUACAAAUAGUGCCACGUUUAUGUAUCUCCAAGCAAGUAGUGCAAAUGGAGCUGUUUCGCUGAAUGUACAAAGACAUUAUACCAAGUUGCUACAAAAACUUAUCGUGUUUGUUUCUUUAUUUAUCUCACUUGUGUUUAAUAUAUUUACUAAGCAGACUGCAUAGAUCUG